AUGGAUUCUAACAAUAAUAACAGCAGUACAGACGUUAUCGUCGAUAACUCUCAGAGAGAUAAGAAUAGUAGUAAUGCGAAUGACCUUUGUAUACCAAAAUCUGAGCCGUCUGCUUCUACUACUAUUACAACCUCCUCUUCUCCAGCUUCUCCUACCAUAACUCCUCUGGUUACCUCUCCACAAAAUGAGCCGUCUCUUACCACUGCAUCGGUUCUUACUUCUUCGCCACCUUCCACCUUACAGAGUGCUUCAUCGUCUAAUUCUACUGCAAAUAAUUUGACGACAACCACAGUUGCAACUCACAAAACGCAGGCCGCCUUUGUGAACAAAUUAUACAC